AUGACGUCCGGCCAUUAUGGCUUCUGCGCAACUUGCUUUUUUACGAUUACAGGUGUGCACUUGAUGAAGAAGGACGGCUGUCACGGUCAAGGAUGCGGGAAACACGGGCGCUAUGCGCGACAUUCCUUCUCGCCCGAUGCUUCACCUGAAGCAAUGAAAGAGCGUUUCUGCGUGUUUUGCAAGGAUGACGAUAUGGUACAAACGAAGCGCCGCAAACCUGCAUCCGUGCGCUGGAAGAUUGAGCUUCACGAGUCCAUCCUUUUGAAAGGCUUCUCGAAGAAGAAAUGGGAAGAAAUCUGUGCCCUGGCCCGCAAGGUUGGGAUACAUGAAGAUGCUAUUCGCGCAGUGCAGGAUGCCACUAAGAUCCAGCCACAUCGUGUGAUUAUUGAAACUUGGCGGGACCAGAACGAUGGUCUACUUUGGAAAGCUGUGGUCUACGAAGUUAUCCCUGACAGUGUGGAUAUGGGUGUUGUCGGAGCCAACAGCGAUUACAACGAUGCAGAUGUGUACCGAACGAGGAAGUUUCGAGAGUCCCUUCGCGAGUAUGCCAAGGCAACGAUUCCAACGGGCAAAACGGCUUCUGUGUUGGUGGAAAUAUUGCUUGUAAACCGUGUGGACCUUGAAUCCAACAAGGAUGCCUUCAAGGACUCAGGAAUCAUGCAAGAUUGUGGACCAGCUGGUGUCCGCCGAGCAAGGGACUACUUGAUUGUCGUUUCUGGUUUCCAGAGCAAGUCCUAUUGCUGCCCCGACCACGCCAAGAACGGAUUCUUUUCGGUUCCAUCUCCCGAUUGGACAGCUUGGAACGUUCGCCUUCGUACAUUUGGAGCCGUCACAACCCAGAAGACUCUGCCGGAGAGGCAACCCCGGCCAAUCGGCGCUAAGUGCCACGAAGCGAAGAGGAAAGAGCCGAUGGGGACCGAUGAUGACAUUGCUUCUAUGGCAGAAGGUGGCGUUCCCAUUCAGGACCAUGAGGUUUGGGAUCCAGAGUUGGAGGAGCACCUCGAGGCUUGUGCAGUCGACCUAGUUGAUCCCAUGGAGAUGACUGAAAGCGACGAUGACAUCAGCCUCACUUCCUUUGAGGAAGAUUUCGCGUUCUUCGUAGAGGAAGAGAUCGAGCAGUUUCUUCAUGAUAACCCGGAAUGCACGCUCCUUUCCGUGUCGCCGGAAAUCUUUUGA